AGUUGACUUCUCAGGUCUUUACGUUGCACAAUAUUGCAAUAUAUUGUGAAGUUCAUGUUGACAAUUUUUUAGUACAUACAUGUAUGAUUUAUAAGUAAACACCACGUUGUAAAAUGAAUGAGGAAAACAAUGUAAAAUAUUAUGCCAAAGACAAGCUUUGCGGAUGUAAGGGCAUCCGAAGUUGUCUGUUAUGUGAAACUGUGGACACAGCAACAGAUCUAACAACGGAAUCUAAACCUUUGGAGAUUUAUGAAUAUUGUCAACAGUGUAGAUCAGCGUGGGAGUAUGGACAGCAUCCUGAUCAUGGCGGUAGUUCUAUAGAAUUUCCUGGUAUUUAUCUGCAGGAAGAAUUUAUUACAGAAGAACAGGAGAGGGAUUUAUGUAGGCAGAUAGACAGUACACCUUUUGUUGAUUCUCAAUCAGGACGAAGAAAACAGGAUUAUGGACCAAAGGUUAAUUUUAAGAAAAAGAAGGUGAAAUGUGAAGUAUUUACAGGUCUGCCUGAUUACAGUCAACCGUUAUAUAAACAAUUAACAACCGUACUUGGGAUGGCAGAUUUUAUACCUGUAGAAUUAUGUAAUUUAGAAUACGUGCCUGAAAGAGGAUCAGCAAUAGAUCCUCACUUUGAUGAUUUUUGGUUGUGGGGUGAACGACUUGUAACUAUUAAUUUAUUAUCUGACACCAUUUUGCGUUUUACACAUACUGAAAAGCCUGAUUUAGAAAUCCAUGUAAAAUUAAAUCAGAGGUCUUUAGUUGUUGUUGAGGCUGCUGCGAGACAUAAAUGGAAACAUGCAAUUCAUCGAAAUGAUAUUAAGAGUCGACGUCUUGCCAUGACUUUUCGUGAAUUGUCUGCAGAGUUUGAUGAUGAUGGUAAAAAUGGUUCAGUAGGACGGAAAUUGAAAGACAUUGCCUUCAAAUUUAAAGGAACGGCUGUUGGUAUUAAACCAGAAUUGUGAUUGGGUGGUUUCAGAGUUGAACAAAGAAUUUAUUAUCCAAAUGUGAUACCUUGUUG